GACCUUCGGUUUAUCCGAAUACUGUGCUUAAGUGAAUCCUAAACAAAGUCCAUAAGUUUCUGCAAAAUAAUUUUUCAGACACUCCCUGAAAGUGUUUCAGUUCAUAUAAAUUUCACCAUGUUACAAGUUUAUGGGUAUCGUAACACAUCCAGUAGAACCCUUUAUCCUUUGGAUAAAGUUGAAUUAGAAAGAUUUAAAAUAGUUAAAGAGCGACUGAAGAAAUUUUACCAAACAGAAAAUAGUUAUAUGAGGUCUUUAUUAUGGGAGAAUACGAGAAGAGACUUUCCUCUAAACGAUUAUUACGUUAAUUUAAAACUGCAAGAAACUGAUAAUUUCGGUAGUCCAAUUGGUGAAAUUCUUGAUGUCAAGGAUAUAUUUAGAGAAGUCGAUGAUGGACAUACGAGAAUUCUUGUAUGUGGAGAUCCUGGUUCUGGCAAAACUACAUUGUGCAAGAAGAUUGCGUACGAUUGGGCCGUCGAUAAUCCCUCAAACAAUUACUUAAGUCAUUUUGACUUUGUUGCACUCUUAAGAUUAAGCGAAGAGUACAAGAGUAUUGAGGAUGCAAUUCUAGCAGUAUUUUGGGAAAUGUCACAACCUGGUGUAAAUAAGACAAUAAAAUAUGAAAAUUUAAAUAUAUUAAUUAUUUUAGAUGGAUACAAUGAAGAUUACUACCGUUUAGAUAGAACCAAAUAUUUCUUAAAUAGUUCCUUUGAUAUUUUUCGUAAAUUGACCAUUAUUGUGACGAGUCGUCCUGGACGUGCAGAAGCAAUAAGAGAAUCCAUGAAUUAUCGAUUUCAUCUCAAAGGAUUUUCACUUUUACAGCAAGAAGAAUACGCGAAGUUGGUGUUCAAACAAGAUGUUGAUAAAACACAAACAUUUCUUAAAAUAUUAGAAAAUGAAUUUUAUUUCUCUUUGUCUAAACGUCCGUUAUUCUCGCAUAUGCUUUGUUGUUUACACAAGAGUAAUCGAUUAGAAAAUGUACAAAGAAAGACAGAUUUGUAUAUUUAUAUAAUGCAAUUGAUUACAAACAGAUCAAAAAGAAAACUCGAGAAAAAUUUCGAAGUGCUCAUAGGAAAGCAUUUUCCAUUGGAAGAAAAUUUAGUUCGAUUAGGAAAGUUAAUUUAUGAAAAAAAUACCAAUAGAAAAGUGCGAUUCUAUCCCUUCGAUAAGAAACAAAAAUUUACAUUCGACGAAUUAAAUGAAUGUGUCGAUGCUCGUAAGAACAUCAUCAAUUAUGGUUUGGAUUUUCUUGUCGACUGCUUUGACAUUGACGAUAAUCCUUACGUUGAUUGCGUGCACGAGACCAUCAAAGAAUUUUUCGUCGCCCUGUAUUUGUAUAAGAACCCUGAAGUACCUUUCCUGAAUGUCACUAGCGAUUCUACUGUACCAUGUGUUACAGAGUUUACAACUGAUCACAACUUUAUUAUAUUUUACUUCGGUUUAUUUGGAGACGAAAAAAUUCCAAAAACUUGCUUCAAUAAUUUGGAAAAAGUUGUGUUUUCGUUGGAUCUUUCGAUAAUGAUAUACAACGAAAUCGACAAUGAAGAAGACAAGAAAGUAUUUUCGAACACAGUUAAAAAGUACGAAUAUUCUAACAAUUCACGUAUUAACAAUUCUGAUUGGAUGAUUCCUUCACACUUUUCACAAAUAUACUUUAUUGUUGACAUUUGCGAGCCUACAAACUGUUACGAAGAUAGUUUUCAAAGUCUGAAUAAACUUCACGAUAGAGUUUCUCAUUCCUGUCAGUUGGAAAUAUUUAUAUUUUUGAAAAUAGGGGAAGAGUUUCUUCGACCGAAAGAUACCAGAACAAUGGAAAAUAACUGGAAGAAGAUGGAGAACAUUCGAGAUACAUUUAUAAAAAACACGUGGAACAAAUUUAAAAUCUAUUUCCGUGGAAUUGUUGAGGUUCCUUUUGUGAUUGAUCAGAUUGAACAGAGAAGUCGACUAAAUACAUUUCCAGCACAUUUGCUUAAAGCUUUCAAUUGUGUCACUGCAGAAAUAUUUGUUGAUGAUGUAAAUGAAUUAACUUACGAGUUGGUUAAAUUGAAAUUUUCUACAGAAGAUGACACCGAAGAGAAUUGUUUACUUUUAAAGAAGGAUCUGUUUGAAAGUAUGCGACAUUAUAUCAAGUUAUUUCCUGAUUUCUAACUGUACGCAUUGCGUAAUAAUAAGACUAAAUCAUCCUUGCAAUGCAUUUGUAGUGUAGUAAGCAGUACACUAUUGAAUGAGAAAUGCAAGCUGCACCAGAAAAUUGAUUUUUUUGUCGUUCGAAAAUUAUAAACUGCUAUUCAUUUUAAAAGUAUAAUUGAUGUAAACAUCUAUUGUGCAAGAGCAUAAAAGUCAGCAAUCUUUCACCAAAUUACAUUUAAUUAGGGAUGUAGAUAUCUUUUACUUUUAUUAUUAUUCGGUGUUAGUUACUUGGUAAGCGAUGGCGGGUAUUAAGUAGAAUAUAAAUCGAAUUAGAGCCAGUUUUUCCAGAAAAUGGUCGUUUUAUGU